AUCAGCUAUCUAAAGAGGUGCACUUUAUUUGCCGCACUCAGGUCAAGGAAGUUUUCACGCCAUCAAGUGUGAUUAAAGUUCUCAAAUCUGAUUUUAAUGAAAAGAAAGUGGAAGAUUCUCAUCUCUCUCAAGAGGAUUUAUGUUUCAUUUCUAUAAUGGAAGAUGGAGUGAAAGUUAAAGAAGAUGGACAUUGUGAUCAACCCAGUGGAGAGGUUAAGGUGGGAGAAGCUGGAUCAGAAGACCCAGAAGUAUGGAAAGUAUUUGCGAACCACAAGCUGGCAAGUAUAGAUUCUUUGGCGGAACGUUUUGUGAAGUUCUCCAGCUGGUCAAGACUAGUCAAAGCUACCGCAAGGCUCAUCAGAUUUGGGAAAGAGUUUAAGAGAAAGCAAAAGAGAACCAAUGAACCUACAAGUCUUGAAGAAAGACAAGAAGCUGAACUUGCGAUCAUAGCCAUCGUACAAGGCUCAGUCUUCUCCAAAGAGAUCAAGGAGCUUCAGUCCCGAAAGGAGUUAACGAAAGACAAGACAAAUAAGCUCCAUAGACUCAACCCCUUUCUCGACCACAAAGGUGUCCUCAGAGUGGGAGGUAGGUUAGAGCAAGCUACUCUUCAUCCAUACGUCAAGCACCCAGCUAUUUUACCAAAGACAAGCCACAUCACAAGGUUACUGAUUGAUCACUAUCAUCAACGUGUGAGACAUCAGGGCCGGAGCAUGACAAUAAAUGAGAUAAGAGCAAAUGGCAUUUGGAUACUUGGAUGUAGUCAAGCAGUGUCAUCCUAUAUCUACAACUGUGUCAAAUGCAGGAAAUCCAGACGAGGAACAGAAGCACAGAAAAUGGCAAACCUGCCUAAUGAGAGCAUGGAAACAACCUCCCCAUGCACACAUCGUGGGAGGGCUUGUUUUGGCCCGUUUUAUGUCAAAGAAAGACUUCAAUACCUAGCCACUGAGUGCUGGAAAAGAUGGAAAAAGAAAUAUUUGUUGGGUCAACAUCACAGACAAAAAUGGCAGAAAACAAGAAGAAAUGCAAAAGUCAAUGACAUAGUCUUCAUCAAAGAUGAACCAGCACCAAGAAACGACUGGAAACUUGCUAAGGUCACAGCAGUUUAUCCAAGUGAAGAUGGAUGUGUGCGAAAGGUGCAGCUAUUGAUCAGUGACUCUUCCUUCGAUAACCAUGGCAAGAGACAGACUAAACAAGUAUACUUGGACAGACCUAUUCAUAAGACAGUGACAUUGUUGGAGGCAGGGUAGACGCUCUUUUAAGUUAUCAAGGAAAUCACAAGUGAUUUGGUGGGAGUGUAGCUGCCAUCAGAGUCAACUCAUUUAAAUAUUCUAAUAUUUAGUUCAAAACGAGAGUUAAUACAUAAUAGUAUUGAAAUUAAAAGUUUAAUCAUAAAUAAAUAAAUAACUUUCAGUAAAUUUAUGUUUUUGUACAUUGGUUAAAAAGCUCAUUAAAAUGUAAGGAGGAACCUAUGUUUUUUGUUCCGCAUUUCACGUUGUUGCCCACGGGAAGAUUGAUUGACACAAUUCUUUUUUUGCACGUUUCUUCAAGAAGUUUCACCAGAAAGCUUUAAGACUGAUUUUCUAAGAAAAGCUGUAUAAGUUAUCUUUAUUCCUCUGGAGUUUAUGCGGCCAAUGAGUUCUGACGGCAUUUUUUGGGGCUUUAUAAGACGUGUCCACAAUAAAUGGCUGUUAAAACCAAAAGAACGACGUUGAGCCUUGAUUAUCUCUAGAGGAGUAACAU